AUGGCCCAAUGCCUCUCUGUCAUAAUAAGUGGCGGCGAUCAAACUAUAAACGGGACCAGUCAAAAUACCCAGCAGGCACUGGGCAAGAGGGACAUCCCGACAAAAUUAUUAGAAGGUGAACCCAUAAACCCUACCCUGGAGAGCUUAGGGGACAGUUUCCACCCCCUGUCUUCCAGAGUGACCCCACAGAAACAGGCCGAAGAUCAUAUGCAUGUUAAAUGCAACCAUCUACAUCACAGAGAACAUCAGCCAGUGAACGUAGUGGCAGUAGCAGUGAGCAUAUGCUGCAUUGCCGCACUCCUGCUUCCGACCCAGCCGGAAACAGUAGUUGAAUCACAGUUCCCGGAGUGGCUCCACAUUGGAUCCAACCUCAAACUAGUGUUCUCCUUCGUCCUAGGGCUUGUCAGUAUGCUAGUACUACGACCAUAAGACCUAUAUUUUAGACCUAAAUUUCUGUGUAUGCUUUAAUACUUGUAUUCUUUAUGGACCGUUUUGAAAUCCUGCAUGUACAAA